UUUACGCCCAUCACGUGAAUGAGAGCUUUUUCUCCCCCCCUUCUGCCGCCAUCCACGUCACGGUUUGAACGUUCAGCAUCGUCUGUGGAUGUGGAGGCGGGGAGCGGCUGUCCGUGGUGCUGAUGGGAGGACUGAUGAUGCUCUCGGCUCCGUGCAGCCGCUACUGCGCAUGUUGCAUGACAGGUACACGCAAGCCUCCAUCUUGGGCAUCCCGAGCUGAGGCAAAAGGGCAGCAGCCAUAUACACAGAUUCCAAAAUAACAACAAACCAAGCGCGGGAAUAAAGAAAGAAAGAAAAAAAAAUUGGCAAUUUGCCGAGAUGUAACUUUCUUUCGGAAACCAUUCAACACAUUGCUUCAAUGAGGAGAGCGGAGAAGAGAAUGGAAAAGGAACACAGCGACUGGUCCUGAAGGCUCUGUUAACGACUACUUGCACAGUCAGCUUUACAGGGUCUAGUUUUCUAAAGAAUUGACAGGUGCCAAAGCCAAACGGCUCAGCUCACACCAGAAUGGGAAUUAAGAAGCUCGCCAUCUUUCUCCUGGUCCUCUCUCUUUGCCUAGAGGGAGGUUUUGCCAAAGAAAAAGGAACAAAGAAGGGAAAGAAAAAAGGAAAGCAGGUUUACUGUCCUUCACAGCUGUCAUCUGAGGAUCUGGCUCGUGUCCCUGCAAAUUCAACCAGUAACAUCUUGAACAGGUUACUGAUCAGCUAUGAUCCCAGAAUAAGGCCUAACUUCAAAGGAAUUCCUGUGGAAGACAGAGUGAACAUUUUCAUCAACAGUUUUGGCUCCAUUCAAGAAACAACCAUGGAUUACAGAGUCAACAUCUUCCUUCGGCAGCGCUGGAACGACCCCAGACUGAAGCUACCACAAGACUUCAAGUCAGAUUCUCUCACCGUUGAUCCCAAAAUGUUCAAAUGUCUCUGGAAACCUGACCUGUUCUUUGCUAACGAGAAGAGCGCCAACUUUCAUGAUGUCACCCAGGAGAACAUUCUCCUCUUCAUUUUCCGUAAUGGAGACGUCCUGAUCAGUAUGAGGUUGUCCGUUACACUGUCGUGUCCGUUGGAUCUGACCUUAUUCCCUAUGGACACACAGAGGUGUAAAAUGCAACUUGAAAGCUUUGGCUACACCACAGAUGACCUGCAGUUUAUGUGGCAGACAGGAGAUCCAGUACAAAUGGAUGCCAUCGCUUUGCCGCAGUUUGAUAUCAGACAAGAAGAUAUUGAUUAUGGGAACUGCACUAAAUUCUAUGCAGGAACAGGGUACUACACUUGUGUGGAGGUUAUCUUCACCCUUAGGCGACAGGUUGGCUUCUACAUGAUGGGUGUCUAUGCCCCCACGCUUCUUAUCGUAGUCCUCUCCUGGCUGUCCUUCUGGAUCAACCCUGAUGCGAGUGCCGCCAGGGUCCCUUUGGGCAUCCUCUCGGUUCUUUCUCUAUCCUCUGAGUGCACCUCCUUGGCUUCGGAGCUGCCCAAAGUGUCCUAUGUCAAGGCCAUCGACAUCUGGCUCAUCGCCUGCCUGCUGUUUGGUUUUGCUUCACUGGUGGAGUACGCUGUGGUUCAAGUGAUGCUCAACAGCCCGAAGCGCAUCGAAGCCGAGAAGGCCAAGAUGGCAUCGAAGGAGAAGGCUGCGGGAAAGAGCCCCGCUGCCAGGAACAACACAGUCAAUGGAACCGGUGGGACGCCACUUCAUGUCAGCACCUUACAUGUGGCGGAGACUCGCUGUAAGAAGGUGUGCACCUCGAAAUCAGACCUGCGGACCAACGACUUCAGCAUCGUGGGCUCACUCCCGCGAGACUUUGAGCUGUCGAACUUUGACUGCUAUGGGAAGCCUAUCAAUACCGGUGCUGGUGCGGGCAAAUCCCAGUCCAAGAACAACAAGAAACCUCCUCCCCCAAAACCAGUAAUCCCCUCUGCUGCCAAAAGAGUUGACCUGUACGCCCGAGCCCUCUUCCCUUUCUCCUUCCUAUUCUUUAAUGUGAUUUACUGGUCCAUAUACUUGUGAUUAUCUUGAAAUGAUUUGUAUUAUCCCCCACCCCACCAACCCACUCCACUCCCAUGAGUACUUUAAUGAUCUAAUUACAUUCAAAACAUUAAAUUCCAAAGUAAACAUUGAGAAAUGUGAUUGCUGAGAAGAAAAUAAAACUACAAUGUAUUACUAUUAUUACCUUUAUCUUCACAUAAAAAUAGUCAACUAUCAUUAUUUGUGUCUUCAAUGAUUAUAACUUAAUAUUUCUUUACAUAAAAUGAAUAUUAUAGCAUCUUCUAUUGAAAAACUUUAUUUAUUGAUAAUGGUACUUGAAAGGCUAAUACAGGAUUGCAGAUAUAACUGUUUUGAUGAAUGGUGUGCAGACGAAAGAUUGAUUGUGUAACGACCGAGCAGAAGAUGCACAGAUCUAUAAAAGAGCAUUUGUAAAUAGCUAUUUGAUUUUGCGCCCUUGCCAAGUGGGAGUCUGCCCGCAAGUUUAAUAAGUUAAAGCGUUUUAUUUAAGCUUCAAUGCAAAGUGUAACAUUGCAAUCACCUUGCAUGUAAAAAAAAGAUGCAUGUAUAUGAAGAUAAAAUCUAAAUCUAUAUAUAUAUAUAAAGUAUUUAUUACAUUUUAUUAAUCAUAUGAUUUGCUCUUGAAAAGAUAAGUGGAUAUAUGAAACAGAUGGUCAUGUAACACUGUACCAAUGUAAUGUUUGAAGCACUCUGCUCCUGUCCAGAUGGUCAUGUGACACUGCCACUCCUUCAACCAAUGUAACGUUUGACAUCUCCUCACCUGUAGCGUGUGCAAAUGGGUCACUAGUGAGUUGUGACCAUGUGUUUGUGAAAUUUACAAGCAAAGUUUAAAAAAAAUUAAUAAAUGACUUUUCACCAUU